GAAAGCUGCUGCAGUGAAAGUGUCAUUACAAACUUGUGUUACCUGUAGUACACACCUCCAUGGUCAUAUUGAACAGGAACAUCACUCUUCUGUGCACGAUACCUAACACUUAUUGUAUGCCACAAGAUCAUCAGAAGAGUCGAGAAGACAAGCACUGCUAUAAAAAUGUUCUUUGGGACAAAGUUCUUCGUGGUGGGACUGGUAGGAUGGUUGAUAUUAAAGGUGGUCCCUCAAGACACUAACUCUACAAGUGGUGAUAAUUACACAUCGCCAUCAUCAUUGACAACCACCAUGUCUACAGAUUCGGAGACAUCAGCAGAAAGCACUAGUUCAGAUCUUCUGUCAACUACUCCUGUUUCCGAGACUUCGACAAGCACGCAGACUACAACAACUACUGUAACAACAAACCAAUCUGCUUUACCGACCUCUGAAAGUCAGACUUUUAUUCCAACGGAAGCUGUGGUGUCUGAUGCAACAGAAACAACAUCAGCAUCAGAUGUGCCAACAACUUUGCAAACAGAUACAACACUACAAGCAAACUCGUCGACAACUACUUUGCUAGUUUCGUCGACUACACAAACAACAACAGCAACAUCUGCAGUUACUGAUGCAUCAUCAGCUACAACAUCUGCAGUCACUAAUGCAUCAUCAGUUACAACAACAGAAACAGCUACAGCAAUAAUUACUACUACAGACACAGAAACAACAACAGUGAUUACAACAACAGCUGCAGCUACUAAUACAUCGUCAACUACAACAACAGAAGCUUCAUCAACACUGGUAGCUACAUCAACAGAUGCAGCUGAUACAUCAUCAGCUACAACAACAGAAACAGCUACAGCAAUAAUUACUACUACAGACACAGAAACAACAACAGUGAUUACAACAACAGAGGCAGCUACUAAUACAUCGUCAACUACAACAACAGAAGCUUCAUCAACACUGGUAGCUACAUCAACAGAUGCAGCUGAUACAUCAUCAGCUACAACAACAGAAACAGCUACAGCAAUAAUUACUACUACAGACACAGAAACAACAACAGUGAUUACAACAACAGAGGCAGCUACUAAUACAUCGUCAACUACAACAACAGAAGCUUCAUCAACACUGGUAGCUACAUCAACAGAUGCAGCUGAUACAUCAUCAGCUACAACAACAGAAACAGCUACAGCAAUAAUUACUACUACAGACACAGAAACAACAACAGUGAUUACAACAACAGCUGCAGCUACUAAUACAUCGUCAACUACAACAACAGAAGCUUCAUCAACACUGGUAGCUACAUCAACAGAUGCAGCUGAUACAUCAUUAACUACAUCAUUAGCUACAACAUCUGCAGUUACUAAUACAUCAUCAGCUACAACAACAGCUGGAGCUACUAAUACAUCAUUAGCUACAACAACAGCAGGAGAUACAACAGCAGCUGCAGCUACUAAUACAUCAUUAGCUACAACAACAGCAGGAGUUACAACAACAGCUGCAACAUCGCAAGCAACUUUGUCAACAACUACGUCAUCCGGAGCUGUAUUGUCAACUACACCAGCUGCGCAAGGGAUUGUGGGUGCAGCCAGUCAAGUGAAUGUGUCGUCUGCGAACGCGCAGGAAAGCAUCGUUAAUGUCCUGGACACCAUCGACAGGAGUGUGAACAGCUCCAUCAGCGGCGACAGCGCCCUGGACAACUACACACAAGCAAUUCGCAUCAUUGUUGACAAGAUUGCUCAGGCCAACUGGACACAAAGUCAACGGAGGAACACCAGUGAAAGUAAGAGACAUUCCACAUUGUACAAACUCAUUAUCGUGUGCUUGGCAGAAGGAAGUGUUGAUGGCUAG